UGCUGUGUGUAGCUCUGAGUCUUGCUGUUUUCCUUAAGAAUUUGAGGUGUCAUGAAAUGGAGGCUAUGGCUCCUCUGACCUGGGGUGACAGCACUGAGAGGGAAAGAAACAAGCCCUGGAGAGAAUUUCCUCAUUCCUCUCUCCUGUCCCACCCUGUUUGUUUUCUUAUGUGGUAGGCUACUGCAGGGUACAAAAAAAUCCUUGUGUGCGUGUGACCCUGGUAACAGUGCAGCAUUGGGGCAGGUGCACCAUGAAGUCUGUGCCCUUCAGGUGUGCAAAUGCUUUGAAAUAUCUGAGCCUGCUGCAGCCACAGUCUGUUCCAGAUUCCCUAUCCAGGGCGUGCUCAGUAAUACACUCCAAUGCCUCUCUUUCUGCGCAAACAUGUGGAGCAGGCAGCAGUCAAGAGAUCAAGUCACCCGUUCAGACAAAAAUACCUGCUGCUGAACUGCUGGGUUUGUACAAGACUAAACAUAUUUAAAGAAUUUGCAAUAAUAGAAACUUAUGUGUGUGGACUUUUUCCUCCAGGUAUGGAGUCAGCCUUUUUAAAAACAGCACCCUUCUUUUCAUGAUACAUACAGCUCCAUAUCAGUCAGCUUUCAGCUUGUUUCUUAAGAGUCUGCACAAGCAAACCAGAGACUUGCAGCGUGAAAAAUUACACAGCCAUUAACCUGUUACUGCUGCUGCCCUAGAUACUGUUUUUUACCCCAAGGAACACGUAGAGACCUCCUAAGUUGUAACUCAGAGACUGAUUGUACUGGGGUGUUCCACUGGAAGUGAUUUAUUUUUAAACAGAAAUUUAUCCACGUGUUGGUUACGUUUAGUAACACAAAAGACAGCUGAAGUGCCUCAGUUUAGGUUAUUUCCUCUUGUGCUCCUUCAUAUCCCAUCCUUUUCAGGAUCUCUUAAAACGUCUUUCAGUGUUGGGUAACUGCAGCAGGGGGUUGGGUUUGGCACUGGAGUGCUAGUAUAGCAGGGUGGGAAGGAGCUACACUAGUGAGCAUCAAGCAUGCUCUUUGUAACCUGUACCAAGACCCUGCCCAUCCACAUGCAGUCUCUUGUGAAUACUUGACCUUGUUGUUUGUUAAUACACUGUAAAUAUCUAGAGAACACAUCCCCUGUUUCUCCUUUUCUGAAGACCAGUGAUGGUAAAUUAGUGAGAAGUUGGACACAACCCCACCACAAGGAGUUUCUAAUCUGUAAACAGCCAGGUCUUCUGUGGAGCGUAUUGGAACCUGCAGGGUUUGGCAGGAGCAUGAAAUCCUAAAAUGAAUAAGUAAUCGAAUUGAACAGUAGUCACUAGCGAGAAUGUUGCAUCCAAAGCAAAAGCAAUGGAUCAGUCAACUGAAAGAAGAAGAGGAAGGAGACGAGAUUUUGGCUGGGGACAGGGGAGGUUCUUACGUUACUUCUUUCCUCUUGCAGCACACUUAUCUUUGAUCCUGUGGUGUAAAGCACUUUGGCUGUUCUUCCCUCCCUGCUGCAAAAGGCAAUUUGAAGUUUGUGUGUCUUGGCAGAGGAUUCCUUUCCCAAGUGUUUCUGUUUUGGGACUUCAGUUCUAGCGCUUGAACAUUUCAUGUCUGGAACAGUAUAAUCUUCAAUGCUACGCUAUAUGAAAAUCACACCAUUUGUUCUGCAGGUAUCCUUUGGUAAUGCUUUUCUGUGUCAGGGUCCCACUUUUCUACGUGCCUUUUGAAUAUCUCUGUUGUAAAGAUGUCUCACAAUCACCACAUGAACAGCUCCAUGUUGCCAACCAUGCAUCCUCCUGAACAUCACCACUCAACAGCAGCCCCAGGACAUAGUCAUGUAUCUGACAUGAUGAUGGCAAUGACUUUCCACUUCAGCUAUGAGAACGUUCCGUUGCUGUUUUCUGGACUUACAAUCAAUACUCCUGGAGAAAUGGCUGGUGCUUUUGUGGCUGUCUUCUUCCUGGCCAUGUUUUAUGAAGGCCUUAAGAUUGCCCGAGAGUGUCUGCUCCGUAAAUCCCAAGUCAGCAUUCGCUACAAUUCCAUGCCAGUGCCAGGUCCCAAUGGCACUAUCUUGAUGGAGACGCACAAAACUGUUGGGCAGCAGAUGCUGAGUUUCCCUCACCUCCUGCAGACUGUACUGCACAUCAUUCAAGUCGUAGUCAGUUACUUCCUCAUGUUGAUCUUCAUGACAUACAAUGGAUACCUCUGCAUAGCUGUGGCAGCAGGGGCAGGAACGGGCUAUUUCUUCUUCAGCUGGAAAAAGGCAGUUGUUGUGGACAUCACGGAGCACUGCCAUUAACACCAGAUGCUGCCCAGAAGCCUCUCCACCCCACUGCUCUCUUGAAGUGCAGCCAUCACAAGGACUGGAUCAUUCCUAAGCUGAAAGACAAACAAUAUAAAGAAAAUCAACUGGAAUUCACCACAAAUUCCUAGCUGGGGUGUAGGGAUGUGAGAAGUUGGGAUAUGCUGCUCCCCCUUGCUGCAGGCUGGCAGCAGGGUUGGCUCUUGAGGGUGCCGUGGUAGCCAUUCUUGGCUAGGAUUUGCUUUAUUCUUAGAUUAUGCCGUGAUUGAAAUUAGUUGGCUGACAGAAGUGUAGAAAUUAUUCUUUAAAACAAACAAACAAACAAAAACCAUUUUAUUUUUAAAUUGCAAAUGCUUAUCUGUGAGGGUUUUAUGAACAGUAGGUAAAGAUCAAAGUUGCCAAUAGAGCCUACGUGCACAAAUGGCUAUUUUAAUUUUACUUUUUUUUCAAUAUGUACAUAGUGCCAAGGGAGGAGAUCUCCCUGGAUUUUGGGGCCAUUGACACCUUCUGAUGCAGAAGGAGUCAGCCUCUGAGGAAGAUUUGGUGCUGCACAUCAGACAUGCUCAGGUGUGUCCUGGCAAGGGAGUACUUUGACAUAAAUAUGUGACCCAUGUGCUUCAGAGGGGUUCCAGAUGAAUCUGUCCUCCAAGCCCAUCAGAGCAUGAUGAGUGUUGUUAAUCUUCUGAUGUAUCCAGCAGCUUUACUCAGCUUCAAGUGAUAAUAUUUGGGUUUGGCUGCUUUCUCUUCCCAAUCAUGGAAAUAUAUGGAGUAGAUGCAGGACAACAAUUGCGUUUUUACAGGGGAAAAAAGAUUUUAAAUAAACCAUUGAACCCGCAUUUACUUCAUGUUGAAUUGCACCUGGAUGGAUCUAGAGCUAGACUUUCGGUUUACUAAAAAUAGCUUUGUAAACGAGGCAAGAGGUAAAUAAUGAUUUCAUGACACUAAAGGUUACAAUGUCUGAGGGCAUUCCUUGAUUGAGAUGAGAGAAGUAAAACAACCGUGUUCCUGUAAAGGAGAGAUUUGGCAAGAGAAGAAGGAAAAGAUAGAACUACAGCAGCCUUCAGUCUCUUCUCAGAUUAAAUUAGAAGCAGCUUAGGCUGAUGAAAAAGUAUUCCUGACCCAGAUGACUGCUCUUUGUCUUAAUAAUCAUGCUGUGACCAUGUUAGCUUGGAGGUGCAAGAGUUAGUGCCAGUGAUUGACAAGUAUUGUAGCGCAGUAAAGAACUUCCCAUUCAGUGCUGUGAGCUCUACGCAUUUCACAGGCAAGACAGGCUGUGACACAGGCAAAACCAGCUUCCUGCAUGUGAGAUGCCCAGAACAUGCUUUGGGCUUGCUAGGGAGCAGUUUUGGUUUAGCACUUCAUUAUUAAACUGCUUAUUCUAGGGAAUUUUGUGCGGAGUAUGGUGCAAAGCUGGAGUCUUCAUUCUACUCAGCAUGCCCAAUUUGUGCCUGUAACUGGCUGAAAGGGAGGAUGGUGGGAUUUUCAGAAGGGCACUGAAAAACAGGCACCGCUUUCAGACUGGGACUGAUAUCUGGGAUGUGCCAUGAGAACAGGGAGUCCUUUUGAGAUGGGAGUAUCUGGGCACAUGCAGUAGCAGUUUUUUCUCUGGAGUUGCUACUAGUCACACUGUUAGCAGUAGCUGUGUAAGGAAAGCUGAUCUUUGUGAAGAGGAAUUACAUUUCUUUAGCCCGUAAGCCUUACAGGGCGAGGGCCAUCCCUGUGUAUGUGCGUUCUUCAUGGUGCUGGUGCUACUACAUCAGCACAGAGCCCACCCUUGCCCUACCACCCUCUUUGAAAGGCAGCAGGAAAUCUGUUACUACUGCUACCAGGAUCUUGAAUUGCACCACGUACAGUCAACUGUCCUGGGUUGAUGCCAGCUAUUUAUUUGGACAUCCUGUUUUCUUUGGGCAGUGCAAAUACAGAAUAAAAUGAGAUGAGUUAAAAGCAGGCUUAGGCUUCUAAAGAGCUUUUUUCUGUAGCAAAUUUGCAUCUGGGUGAAAAAGGCAAAGUUAUUUUCAUGGAAAAAUUCUAGCCACCUCCUGAUGGGAGAUGGGAAAAGAUCUUCCCCAGUCUGAUCUUUGAAGGCAGUUAAUGUCUGCAACAGACUGCAGAAGGACAUACUGAUGCCCUCUCUCUGCAUCUGUCACAAAGGUAAAAAUCUUCUGUGCCCUCAAAGCAAUCAUGUCCCUCUGUGAGAGUGGAAAACAGACCCUUCUGAUACCUGCGAGAGAGCUGUGAGGAAAUCUUAAGUGUUUGUCAGACAGAAUUGAAGCAAUUAAGUGCUGGAGACAGUUGUUUAUGUUUUGAAAGCUUUACACUGCAGGGGCUUGAUCCCUGAAGGAGUUCAGAGCUGACAUUGCCAACACCACUCUCAUCAGCUUCUCUUGAACCAGCUGGAGUUGUUGCCAUUACAGGGAAGUCUGAUUAUAGGGUAUAGUUAUGAAUGGCUUUGCGUGAUGACACUAGUUACUUCAUAUACCUCUUGCUGUGUCUUUCUCUAAAACAGAACCUCUGCUUGGCCUGAUCUUCUUGUUACCACCUUUUAGCCACCUGUCCUGUAUUCAAGUGACCAGACUUUAAUUCUCUGAUUCAAGUGAUCAGAGAUGGAUGACUUGGAGAUUAGGCAAUAGCUGUAGCUUUUACAAUAUAAAUUUGGUUCUCUUGUUAGCUUUUCUGCCUCAUUCUAUGUGUAGCAUCAGUGCCCUUGAAGCUGGUUCCCCCUGAGGAUGAGUACCUCUGUCUUCAAAGGGUCAUCUCCUGCCCAUGCUUACACGAGAGGGCACACAGCUUUCUCCAGUGUGCAGAGAGGGAAGUGAUGCUGACCUAGCAGUGGUCACUUGGGGAGCAGGAACCUGGGCAGAAGUCUCCCAAGUGUCUAGCAAGCGCCCCAGCUACCUUCCAGCAGCCUGUAAGAAUGAUGGUUUGAGCACUUGGCUGUACCGGAGUUAGAAAUGGGAGCCCAGGCUGGGCUUUGGGGAGCAGAGCACAAGGGAAGAUCUGAAGGGAAGGUGGUUAAGGAGAGAAGAUGGAGGGCUGUGUCCUGUCUGCUUUGGAGCUCACUGAUGCAGUGAGGCACAACUGAGAAAGGGAUGUUUCCAGUCCUUGUCUCCCUGCCAGCUUUGGCCAUGCUUUCUUCUGGUUCAAUAUUGACAAUCCAGAGAAGCCACCUACCUCCCUGCGUCCCAGCCUCCCCCUGGUCCCCCAGAGGCCACCAGCUGCCGUCUUCUUGGCCCAGGUUGCUGUGCGCUUUGCCAGAGUCAGAGAAAAACCUGGCCUCCCUACUGAUGACUUCUACUGACUGCUUUUGGUACUGUCCCAGCCUUUCUGCUGGCUGUAUUUAAAGUUGUCCUGAUAACACUGAACUCGCAUUAAGUAGUGCUCAGAGGGAGGUGAGGACUCUAAUGAUUAUGAGACUUGAGUCAGUUAAAUUCAUAUGUCAACACACAUGUAGCGUGCUUGGAAUGUGAUGUCCUGUGUCUUUGUACCCUGAUGUUUGGUCUCCACAUGCUGUGCCUCUUGAUUAUCAUCUUGGAAGAAGUGCACAAAGUAUCCAGCCUGUGUUCAUCAGCUGGCUUUUGUUGUUUUCCUUUGAGUGCCUUUUCAGUUUGGAGCCAGUCCCACCAAAUCCAGCAGGAUUUUUAGUUUUGUUUACAGUGGACUGUCAUUUUUGUUUUUACUCUUGCUCUUUGUGGAGGUAACUUGUCUAAUAUUACUGUGAAUAUCAAGAAUCUCCUGUAUGUAAUUAACCAAUAAAAUAGAUUGCAUUUUA